AUGCCCGGCAAGGUCAACCCCACGCAGUGCGAGGCCCUGACCAUGGUGUGCGCCCAGGUCAUGGGCAACAACGUCGCCACGACCAUUGGCGGCAUGAACGGCCAGUUCGAGCUCAACGUGUACAAGCCGCUCAUGAUCCGCAACCUGCUGCACAGCUCGCGCAUCCUCGCCGACGGAAUGCGCUCGUUUGAGGAGCACCUGGUCAAGGGCCUGCAGGCCAACGAGGAGAAGAUUGCUAGCAUCAUGAAGGAAUCGCUCAUGCUGGUGACGUGCCUCAACCCCAAGAUUGGCUACGACAUGGCCAGCAAGGUUGCCAAGAACGCGCACAAGAAGGGCUUGACGCUCAAGCAGAGUGCCAUGGAGCUCCAAGCGCUUACGGAGCAGGAGUUUGACGAACUCGUCAAGCCGGAGCUCAUGGUGAAGCCCAAGAGCGUGUAG